ACCAAGUUUUGAAUUAAUAGUGAAAAAUAUUGUCAUGUAUUUGGAUUUACUUGAGUAAACAACGUAUCUAGAACGAAUUGUGUGAAUAAACGAGAUUAUUUACUUUUAGAUACUGUAAGUACAGUAGGAUAAUUCUUUCCUUAGUGUAUUCAAUAUGAAUAAAAAACUGGAAAAUGAGAUUCGGUGCUAUGCCAACAUUUCUGCAGAAGCUUAUAAUACAGAGAAAGUAGUCACGGAUACAGCCACAGAUCAGUUGGAGGUUGAAGCUACAGUAUUAAAAAUAUUUAGACAAUUUGAAAAGGAAGCAUCCAUUGAUCCUGAUCUGCCAAUACUUAAUAAACGGGUUCACAGUAAGCAAUUAAAAACUUGGUUGAAUGCCCUACCAAAAGGUUAUGAAUGCUUGGAUGCCAGCAGACCAUGGCUUGUGUACUGGAUUUUACAUGCUUUGUGGAUCUUAGAUGAUAUGCCCGACACAGAGACAUUGUCUAGUGCUGUGGACUUUCUCGCUCAUUGUCAACACGAGGAAGGGGGCUAUGGAGGUGGCCCAGGACAAUAUCCACAUUUAGGAACUACUUAUGCUGCUGUAAACGCAUUAGCUAUAAUAGGAACAGAUGAAGCAUACGAUUCCAUAGAUCGCAGCUCUUUACAAAAGUUUUUAUGGACUCUUCGAGAUGUAGAUGGCUCCUUUGCUCUUCACAAAGGAGGGGAACAAGACAUAAGGGGAGCGUAUUGUGCAGUGAGCGUUGCUAAAAUGACAAAUACUUACACAGAUCUCUUAUUCGACAAGACAGCAGAGUGGAUAGUUAGUUGCCAAACUUAUGAGGGAGGUUUUGGCGGGUGUCCAGGCAUGGAGGCACAUGGCGGAUAUGCUUUCUGUGGGAUCGCAUCUCUGGCGUUACUAAACCGGCCAAAGCUAUGUGACAUAGAUGCACUAUUGCGGUGGUGUGUAAAUCGUCAGAUGCGGUUAGAGGGUGGCUUUCAGGGACGGACUAAUAAACUUGUUGAUGGCUGUUAUUCAUUUUGGCAAGGUGCUGCUUUUCCCAUAAUCAGUGCUAUUUUAGCUCAAGAAGACAAAGAACUGAUAGAAACGUGUUUAUUCAAUCAAGGUGCCUUACAAGAAUACAUCAUUGUUUGCUGUCAAGCCAACGACGGGGGCCUAAUAGACAAGCCUGGAAAAGCGCGCGACAUCUACCACACAUGCUACACGCUAUCAGGGUUGUCGAUCGCGCAGCACGGCACGGGCGCCGGCGACCCGUUCGUGGUGGGCUCCCCGCGCAACGAGCUCAACCGCGUGCACCCCUUGCACAACGUGGCGCCGCACCUCGUCUACAACGCCGUGCACUACUUCAUCAGGCACCCGCCGCCGGUCAAGGAUUUCAGAAAAAACUAGCUUGUUUUAGAUCUUCAACUAUUUAGCACUGAUGACGGACUGCUUUGCACGAUUACGUGUGAUGCGUGCUUCAUAACAAAUAGUAAAAAUAAAUAAAAACUAAGUAAGUUAGUAUUUGUCAUAGAAGGAAAAAGAGAGGAAGAGGAAGACCGAGAAUAAAUUAUUUCAACCAAAUAAAAGAAAAGGUUCAGGUUGUUGUGUCAUACCAGAAGGUUAAGGAGUUGGCAGAGUACGGACGAGUUGGAGAUUGCUCCACCGACAAGAGCACAGCUCUUAAAUAUAAAGAAGAAGAAAUAAAAACUAAUAGGAUGCUAGUAGCUUUUAUAUGUAUUUUAAAGAAUUAAACUAGUACCAGUUC